AUGUUGUUGUUGUUUUGCUUUUAAUAAAGAUUGCUCAUUUGUUGCAGUUGGAUGUUAAAAAUAAAUAAUUAUAUAUUAAUUUAAAUAAAGAAUCUAAUAAUAAAUUCAAGUAUUAGAUCAACAUAAAGGUUCUGUACUUACAUUAAAUUUUAUGAAAAAAUCCAAUUAUUUGAUAUCUGGAGGUUACGAUAAAAUAUUAUAAUUUGGUCAAUUAAUAACAACAAUUAAUGGGUUUGUUCAUAAACUAUUCAAGAACAUAAUAAUCGUAUUAAUUGUUUAAUUAUCAAUAAUAAUGAAGAUCUGUUUAUAUCUGGCAGUGAUGAUAAGACUAUUAAGUUUUGGAUUAAGAAAAAUUAAUGGAUCUGUUUAUAAACAAUCACAGAUCAUCAAUCAGAGGUUUAUUCAUUAAGUUUAAAUGAAUAAUAAAAUUAAGUUAUUUCUUGUGGAGUAGAUAACUUAAUAUUAAUAAUUGAAUAUUCAGAAUUAAAUAGAAAUUGGAUUGUGAUUUAAAAAAUUAAUGUUGAUUGCUAUGGAAUUAGAUUAUGCUUUAUUGAUGAUAAUCUAUUUACAUUUAAACCUUAUAAUGGCAAUUUAAUGUAUGUUUAUGAGAAGAAUAGUGUAAGUAAAUAAUUCACUAAAACCAAAGAUAUUAUUGUUAAUUAAGGUAAUGAUUAUAAUAUAUUAUUUCCAUAAUAAUAUAUUAAAUAAAAAUAAUUAUUAGUGAAUCGACAUAAUGAAUAUGUUAAUUUUAUAAGAAAGAGAGAAAAUGGAGAAUUUAAACUUGAAUAAUCAAUAGAAUUUAAUACAAAUUUAAUAUUUGGAUCAUUAAGUGAUGAUGGAGACUAUUUCAUAACAUGGGAUGAAUCAUCAAAAGAAAUAUAAAUUAGAAAAUACACAGAAGAAUGA